AGGGCACUGGCUCUAAGAGGCUUGGCGAGCAAAAGCCAGGGGCCGAAGGGGGGCCGAGAGAGUCUGGAGAGGAGGCGUGGAGAGAUGCUGCGGCCGCCGCCGGCGGCAGUCUGACUUGCGAGAGCGCUAAGCAGCGACGACUCUGCCCGGCAGACAGUUGCUCAACAGAACCGCUGAGUAUGAACACUGCAGACAACGGGGUCGUUGGCCUCUGUGCAAUAUGUGGGGACAGAGCGACUGGGAAGCACUAUGGUGCCUCCAGUUGUGAUGGAUGCAAGGGGUUCUUCCGACGCAGCAUCCGAAAGAAUCAUGUCUACACCUGCAGAUUUAGCCGGCAAUGUAUUGUUGAUAAGGACAAGAGAAAUCAAUGCAGAUACUGUCGUUUAAGAAAAUGUUUUCGUGCUGGGAUGAAGAAGGAAGCUGUACAAAAUGAACGGGACAGAAUAAGUACAAGACGGAGUACCUCCGACAGCAGUAACAUUCCUUCUAUUAACACAUUAUCGCAGGCUGAAGUGCUUUCUCGCCAGGUCCCUAUUUCAAGUCCUGGUUCUGGAACUGAUAUCAAUGUUAAGAAAAUUGCCGGUAUUAGUGAUGUUUGUGAAUCUAUGAAACAACAACUCUUGGUUCUUGUAGAGUGGGCGAAAUAUAUUCCAGCUUUCUGUGAACUGCGGUUGGAUGAUCAGGUUGCCCUGUUAAGAGCCCAUGCUGGAGAACACCUGUUGCUUGGAGCAGCAAAACGCUCGAUGGCUUAUAAGGAUAUUAUUCUUUUAGGUAAUGAUUUUGUAAUCCAUCGCAACAGUUCUGAAAUUGAGAUCAGCAGAGUAGCAAACCGGAUUUUGGAUGAGAUCAUUCGGCCAUUUCAGGAAAUUCAGAUUGAUGAUAAUGAAUAUGCUUGUCUAAAAGCAAUUGUCUUCUUUGAUCCAGAUGCAAAAGGACUGAGUAAUCCAAUGAAGAUCAGGAACAUGAGGUUUCAAGUCCAAAUCAGUUUGGAGGAUUACAUCAAUGACCGUCAGUAUGACUCCAGGGGAAGAUUUGGAGAGCUUCUGCUACUUCUGCCGACUCUCCAGAGUAUUACCUGGCAAAUGAUUGAGCAAAUACAAUUUGUGAAGCUGUUUGGAAUUGUUAAAAUUGACAGUUUACUUCAGGAAAUGUUACUAGGAGGUACAUCUAAUGAUGCCACUAAUCUUCACCCAGCACAUCCUCAUCUAGCCCAAGAUUCACUCACUGGGCAAACGCUGCUUAUCAGUUCAGUGACUGCUCCUGUACAUACCGAACAGAUUUCAACUCCCGAAACUCCAUUACCUUCCCCUCCACAAGGCUCUGGCCAGGAAUACAAGAUAACUACAAAUCAAGUUAUGGUUAUUUCACAGCAAUCUCUUCCAAAACAGAAGCCAUUGUGAUACUGACCAAUGAUAAUUUUUUUUGGUAAUAUGAGCACUGAAUUAAACCAUUGUGACACUGGAUGUUGGAAAACUCAGGACAGAUCACAGAUCUGCUAUUAAAGAGACAAGCAAUGUUCCCUUUGGAGAAGGGGUUAUUUUAUCACUUUUGCUAACUUUUAAAAGAAACCCUGAAUUCAGAUUAAUUUGUGGAUACUAGUGAGUGAAUUUAUAUUUUUAAAAAUCUGUUCAUUGUUUGCAAUGCCUUUGAAUCAUAAUUGAAGCCUUUUAAUUUAUUGUAUUUUUGUACCACUAGUCAUCUUUAAAAGUUUAAAUGUUCCUAGCAGGAUGUAAAGCCUAAUUGCAACAACAUUAUAAUCAGACAUUUAGGAAAAAUGAAAUGGCAAAGCAAGCAGUCCAACAGUUAAUCAAAGCAGGUGUCUAAUUUUCUUGAGUAUACGAUGGCACUUGGAAGCCAAAAUACUUCCUGCAAGCAUCUGAUAUGGUGUGUAUGUGUGUAUGUUGUGCAGAACAUUCCUAUGCAUGUUUACUCAGAAGUAAGCCAGUUGUGAUACACCCAGGUAUGUGUGCAUAGGAUUGCAGCCCUAAACUGAAACCUGAACACAUUUUUGUGGAAGCAACUCUCACUAAUUUCAGUGAAUCUUUUAAAUAAGUGACUAUAUUUAUGGGAGGUGGCCUCAGCAGUACUUUUUCUUCUUCAUUUGCUUCUGUUCAUAGGAAUAACCGCUUCCAAAGAUAUUUUGGUAAUAUUGCAAUUAUUUAUAAGUUACUUUAAGCUACUGAAAAAAUAGGCCAAAAUGUUUUAAAUACUUUUAAAAAGUAACUGAGGGAAAGUUCUUUUUCUGAAAUAGGAAAAAAUGGUGUGUGUGGGGGGGGACCUAUUGCAAAAUAUGUUCUCUUUCAAAAUGAGUCAAAGCCUUUUAAAAGCAAUCACUGGCAUGGCGUGCAAGGAUAAUGUAGUUUCCCAUAUUGUGGCAAUGAGAGAUCUGUGGUAACACUGGUAGCACAAUUGUCCUCUCCAGCAGGGCCAUUGCUUCUGGGUCCACAGUAGCAGCACCUCAAUACCCUCCUGUCCCCGUUACCCUUAUGCAUCACAUCAGCCAGUGUUUUUAAGUAGUCCUGUUGCAGCCACUAGUAUGCACAAUUGCAAAUCUCUUACAUACAAUACCCAAAGGUAGUAAGGUUAGUGAUGACAUGAUAGCACUGCUACUGCAUUAAACUCGAUUACUUUAUUUACUAAGAGCAAAACCCUUAGGAUCUGAUGUGUGAAAAGUGCUUUCAAAGAGUGCACAAUACAGAAUGUCAAGGUAUUUAUUCCAGGAGUGCAGUCUGAGAAUCUGCCAGUCAUAUUGCUCUGCAACAUGGUUCCAAAGCCUUUAUUCAACAAUAUUUUGACUUUGCUUCUCACUGCCUCGGGUUCUUCCAUUUUCUGAUUGAAGUGUAAUCAACUUUUGAAUGUUUGAAUAUGUACACAUCAGAUAAGCUAACAUCAGAAAACUCAGAAGAGCUUCUUAUAAUUCAUGAAGUUCACAAAGCUCAAGGUGAAAGUUCAGAACCAGAAAGUGGCCCUUACAACCAAGAUUCUGAGAAGAAAAAUAAACAUGCUAGACUUCUACUUGGGUGGAGCAAGUCCCAAAAUCAAACAAAUGAAUAUGGUUAAGGUAGCUGUUUUGUAAUUAGUAUGAAGUUUACAGCCCUAUUCUAUCCAAGUUUACUUAGAAGAAAGUCUUCUUGCGGUCAGCCAGGCUUUCUACCAGAUAAGUAUGUUUAGGAUUGUGACCUGUGUAUGACACUAAUAUAUCGUUGACCUCUUCCAUUGUAUUAUAAAGCCAGGAUGGCCAAUCUGAGGCUCUCCAGUUAUUGUUAGACUAUGUCAGUCAGUUAGUCAGGUUUUAUUUACGGUCCUAGACCAAACAACUACAACUCACAUCAUCCCCACCAGUGUUCUCUCUAAUUUUUUUCAUCGGUGAAAAGAUAUUUUGUUCUGGGUGGCAGUAUCAAGACAGUGUGUGUGCACCUGCAUUCAGAAUGGGGCAUUCCUGAUUCAAACUGAGCUGGAUCUAAAAUUAACUGAGCAGACAUCAAAAAGCUUGUGAAUGCGUGCACGUGUGCAUGCCUUAGAGGGAACACUGAUCCCCAGUAACAAUAAAUGGUGUUUAAGGACAAUGGGAGUUGUAGUCCAACAAGAGUGGAUAGCUCAGAUUGGCCUUCCCUUUAUAAAGCUUUAGCAGAAUAUCCAAAUAGAUUUCUGCUAAUGCAGAUGACAUUCUUCAGUUUCUGCCCAAGAAUGCUGAUGUCUUCAUACUGUUUCUAAGGCCGGCUAAGAAAACCUUUUCUUUGUUUACUAGUACUGCAGUGUUUUGUCUUCAGCUUCCGUUUCUUCUCUUAUUCUCCCAACGGGAAAAAGCUAAGAUAUAUGUACCUUAAAGUGCAUCAGCUUACUUCUCCGUUGUUUAACACUGGGUAUAUUUAUAAUUAUUGUUCUAAUAAAACUAAGGCAUUUAUACUUUGACAUUUCAUAAAUAUGCCAAACAUUCAAUUUGUUUGUUUUUAAUAAAGCAAGUUUAGGUUUGAUAAGAAAAUAUUUCAUAUGUUUCACUUUCCCCCAAAACUUCUGCUUUUUUGAGGGGUGGGUGGUGGUGGUGGGAAGCAACUGGGGAGAUUGGAAAAGCUUUCCCCAUGGCUCAGUUUUUACACUUCUAGCCCUUCUGGUGUUACCCUGCAUGGCAUGGGAGCAAUCGCAGCACAGUUCCUUCUCAUGCUGUCCAGCUAAUGUCAGAAGCCCUGGACCACAUAAGAAGAAGUAGAGAGGAGAGCUGGUCUUGUGGUAGCAAGCAUGAGUUGUCCCCUUAGCUAAGCAGGGUCUGCCCUGGUUGCACAUGAAUGGGAGACUAGAAGUCUGAGCACUGUAAGAUAUUCCCCUCAGAGGACGCUGCCACUCUGGGAAAAGCAGAAGGUUUCAAGUUCCCUCCCUGGCUUCUCCAAGAUAGGGCUGGGAGAGAUUCCUGCCUGCAACCUUGGAGAACCUGCUGCCAGUCUGUGAAGACAAUACUGAGCUAGAAACACCAAUGGUCUGACUCAGUAUAUGGCAGCUUCCUAUGUUCCUAUGUAAGUCCAUGGCAUGGGUUGUUUCCAUGCCAUGUUACCCUUUAGAAGUGCUGAUGGAGGAAGUACCCAGUUUGAGAACAUUUCCUACUGGGAUUGCAAAUGAAAUUUCUCCAAAGUGAAGUUCAGAAGAGGAUUUCUGGAUUCUUCCAAGGAGAAGCUGAAAUUUGAGGCAAAUUUCAGAUUUUCUCCUGAAAAGAAACAUUGGAGAAUUUUCUCAGAUUAUGUUUUCACAUCCCUGCCUCCUAUGUAGUCCUGAUGUUACCUGAGCAGUGCAGCAAGAAGGUAGAUGGGCAACAUUUGUGGUGCUUAACAAUGUACCUAAUUCUAAGAUGCAUGAUAGAAUGACUUCAUAGACUGCCAAAAUAUACUAUACUUACUGCACAAUCUUAAGCAUUUUUCCUGAGAAACAAGUCCCAAGUAAAUGUAUAUAGGAUUACAGGUUCAGAAUGAAACCCUUACCUUUUUCUAACUCUGAAUAUUAUCUGUUUUAUAUAGUACAUGUCAUUGUUUAAGCAAUAAGUAUAUUGUAAUUUAUUGAGAAUCGGAUAUAUUUUCUAAGUAUAAAAUUAUUUUUUUUAAGUCUAAUUGCAAAAUCAAAAUGACUGGCUUUGUUAAAAUGACAUAUUGUGCUGAGCUGUUUGAACUAUGAUGUAAUAUAUGAAUGUAGGCUGAGUAGGCAUGAAAUGGUUACUGCAAAUAUUUUCAGAUUGACUGUUUUUCAUCAAUGCUCAAUAAACAGUUAUUGAAAACAUAUGAAAGUUAAA